CACACACACGCACCUACUGAUACACACACACACCGAGCUUUUCUUGUCAGCCGUGCUGUCUCCACUAACGGGACAAGUUUAAACCUUUUGGAUAUCACCGUCCUCUUUCUGCCUUCCUCUCACCUCCUUGUGAACAUCUUGACCUGGACUGAGGCUGAUCACUGCUGCUGAAAGGAUGAUGAUGAGGAUAGUGGGAGGAGGCCACAGCCGUAGGUGCAUCCCUCGCUAGAACUGUCCACCGUCUCACCCCUCCUCCAUCACCCACAACUGCUGUCCAUCCCUCUUGCCACCAUGGCCAACCACCUGGAGCUAAUCCAAGAGCUGCAGCAGCUGGACAAGGUGCCCAGUCUGGAGAGGCUGCGGGCGGCGCAGAAGCGCCGUACCCAGCAGCUGAAGAGAUGGGCUGUAUAUGAGAAGGAGAUGCAGAACAAGAAACGAAAGGCUGACAAGAAGGGACGCAAUGCCAACAAUUUCCAGCAGUCAGAGUCCAAGAGGCAUGUGUCAUUUGCUGCCAGUGUGGCUCUUCUAGAGGCAUCAGCCAGGAAUGAUCCUGAUGAAGUUCGUUACCUGCUGAGGAACAAUGUCAGUCCAGACCUCUGCAACGAAGACGGUCUCACUGCUCUGCAUCAGUGUUGUAUAGACAACUAUGAAGAGAUGGUGAAGAUCUUGCUGGACCGCGGCGCCAGUGUGAAUGCUCAGGACAACGAACUUUGGACACCACUGCACGCUGCUGCUACCUGUGGCCAUGCAGGACUCGUCAAGAUACUCAUCGCUCAUGGCGCAGAUCUGCUGGCAGUCAACUCUGACGGAAACAUGCCGUACGACCUGUGUGAGGACGACCCAACACUUGACAUUAUUGAGACGGCCAUGGCCAACAGAGGUAUCACCCAGGAGAUGAUCAACGAGACAAGGGCAUCCACAGAGAGGAGGAUGCUGGGAGACAUUCAGGAAUUGCUGAGACAAGGAGAGGAGGUCAACCAGCAGGACUCUCAGGGAGCCACGCUGCUCCACAUCACAGCAGCAAAUGGCUACGUGCAGGCUGCAGAGCUGCUGCUGGAGGGGGGGGCUCGCAUGGACCUAAGAGACUCAGAUGGAUGGCAGCCUCUUCAUGCUGCAGCGUGCUGGGGUCAGAUGCAUGUGGCGGAGCUGCUGGUGUCACAUGGAGCCAGUCUCAACGCCAAAACCUUCCUAGAGGAGACUCCCAUCGAUCUGUGUGAAGAUGAGGAGUUCAGAGCCAUCCUGCUGGACCUGAAACACAAACACGACACAAUUAUGAAGUCACAGCUCAAACACAAGACGUCCUUAUGCAGGCGGACGUCUAGUGCAGGCAGCCGUGGAAAAGUGGUGCGGCGAGCCAGUCUGUCGGACAGACACAACUUGUGUCGAAAAGAGUACGAGACUGAGGCCAUCGUGUGGAGGGGAGGAAGGGAGGAGGAAGAGGAGAAGGAGAAGGAGUCUGAUCAGGAGAACAAUCAGGUGCUUACUGUCAAGCCAGUCGUCGACGUGGAGCUGCCAGACAAGUCCAAGCUGCCUACCAUCCUCAAAGAUGGCAGCAACAAACAAAACGGUCUGAUCAACACCACCACGUCAACGCCACCUCAGCCGCCCUCCAAUGGCAGCACGCCAUCUGCAAAUAAGGGUGGGGUCAUCACCACUCAGCCCACCCAAGAAGAGGCUUUGCCAAGAGAGCGCGCUCAGACUUUGUCAGAGCUGAAGAAGCAGAGGGCUGCAGCCAAACUGUUGAAUCACCCCUUGUUUAACGGUCAUCUUGGUAACGGCUCCACAGACUCAUUCACUGAUGCCAAAACCAACUCAGAAGACCCUUGCAUGCCUCUGGUCUCCUCCAAUGGCAACGCAGUUUACUACACACCUGCCAGCGGUGAUCCGCCGCUCCUGAAGCUGAAACAGCCUGUAGAGGAGGAGCAGCCGAAGGUGCGGACCUGCUGCUGCGUGUCGUAGCAACAUGUGACUGCUGACGGAACAGGAAGGAAUGUGCUGUGUAAGAGAGGAGAGGAAGGAAGGAAAUGGAGAGUAUUCCUGUCCAUAACAUCCCGUUUCUUUCUGACUUUAAACUUUAUCCAGAGAAGUUGGGAGGCCCAAUGAGGGUCUGAAAACUUCACAUACCUCUGUGUCACAUGACUUCUGCUUUAUUUGGAGACUUUGUCCCAAAGCAGGCAUGUUUGAAGUGGAGCAGAGAGGAGGAAAGACACUCAGAAAUGUUACAUGUUUCUGCGGAUGUUACCUGGAUAAUUUUCCCUGAAGUACAAGGAUGAAAGAAAAGCCACAUGAUUAGAGAGAAUGAGCUGCCUCUAUGGCUUUACUGAUUUUUUUGUCCACUUUUAAAGGGUCAAAGAAUUUGAAGCAGGGGAGGAGAAAACAUCACAAGUUAUUGCAUGUUUCCCCCAUGAUGAGACAAAAAAAGCUUUUAAUCCCACAAAUGGAUCUUUAUCAGGUUAUUAAACAACCUUUCCUCUUGGACUUUUUUUUAAAAAAAAAAAAUUUUUAAAUGACAAGGAAGGCUCAUUAAAGUAUUGCAAUGCUCCAUGUUGUACCACAACAUAGGUGGAACAUUAAAAUGUAGCAGGAGAACACGUUGACAUUUUCUUCCAAGUCUCUGUUUGUUAACUCCCUGCAAAGCUAAAGGGAAGGAAUGCCAGAAAACAGUGUUAAACUAUUUAAGAAGUGUACUUCUCAAACUGAUAGGAGCGAUAACAGGAAAGAGUAAAUUACUGCACUUGUGUUUUAAACUGUCACUAUAUUCUGUCGACUAUGCUUCACCUCACCGUCCUCAUAUCAAACCUAAACUGACAGGUCAAUGCUUUGUAUUGUGUAUAAUCCACUUUGUGCUUACUCGUAUAGAUAAUUUAAGCAAACAUGGUUAAAAUUUGCUGUACAUUUUGUUAUUUAUGAAAUUAUGGUUCCUAAAGUUGAGUGUAUUUAUUAUUUGGAUGCUGUGUGGAGAGUGUGAAUGCAGUAUGAGAUGAGCUGGGAGGAUGCAUCUUUCCAGCAAAGCACCUUCUGACAUGGAAAAAUCAAACGAUAAAUUGAAGGUUACUGUCUGAUGUGUGUACAUGUUGUUAAUACAGGCCAUCCUGCGUGGGUGGGUUCAUACUUGUCUCCUUACAAAUAACAUUGUUAUUUGUUUUUGUUUUUCCUGGUGGCCAUUGUGUGGCUCUAGCUUCUGCCCGUCACUGUAUUUGUCUUAUUAACAGAAACUGUGUUGUGUAAUGAAUUACUGUAAGUGUGUUAAGAGUUUUCAGAAGAUGCACACAAACUUACUCCUUAAUGCCUCUUUACAAAAACAAAAUAAAAAAACUUCUCUUGGCUCGGGGAUAUAGCAAGACCGUACUCUCCAUAUUAGGUGUACAUUAAUGCAUCGUGACUCAAAAACAUAAUCCACAUUUGUCAGUUCACAAAAAAGGAAAAAAAAACAUUUAAAGGAAUAUUUUGACAUUUUUUGGAAAGACUUGUAAAGAGAGUUUUAAAAGAAAAGCAUUUGUAUUUGUACUAAAUGUGUAGCUACCAUCAGCAGCCAUUUAGCUUAGCAUUGCUAAGCUCAAGACCACCCACAUUAAUAACCAGCAUAACAAUUUCCAAAACUAGUAAGAACUGCUUACAUACCAGCACUUUGUGUCUUAGCCAGUUACCUAAAGUAAACACGAGUUUUCACUUUCCAUAGUGAGGAAAAAUACAACUUAAACUACUAACAUUAAGAGUGAUUUUGCUCAGGUAAAGCUGCAGAUGGAAAAAGACUGAAUGUUUAAAUAGGCCCUGACACCCUCCUUCUUCCUCUUCACCCCUCUGUGUGCUAACCCCCUUCCACCAGACAAGCAUCUGUACAGUACAUUUUUCAAACAUGCUUAAAAUAGGGCAUCAGACCCUACUCUGCUUGAUGAAAGUCCUCUGUUUAUCACCUUUAUCCACCACAUCCUACUAUUGGAGGUCAAAGUAAUUUAAUACCAAACAUAAUACCCUUUUUUUUAAAGUAAACCAUUUGUUUUUGGAAACCUCUGUAAGUGCAGUUCUAUAAUGUGAUUAUCGUCAUGGACACUUGACAUGAUAAAUAAAUAUCUCUUUUAAAUUGUUGCAGUUUAAGAAAUGUGUGUUAGCUUAAUAACAACUUUAAACAAUAAAAGAAGAAAAGGCCACAAUACAGAAAAAGGAAGAUCAAAAAUAUUCUUUUAUUUUUACAUGAUUCCCUAAUUUUUCCAACUUCUGUUCCUCAUCCUUUGCACAUAGCAUUUUCACAUUGAGACAUGUCAGGACAAAUAUGCACAAGAUUAAAGAUUUUAUCUGAUGCUGGCAUGUGGCAGUUUCAUAGUUUUCCAUUGUUAUGUUAAGCUAAGAUGGUUCAGCUGCUGGCUGUGGCUUCAUAAUAAUCAAAUAUGACAAUAGUAUCAAACUUCUAACUCAACACUCAAGAACGCAGAUAAUUGGAUUUC